UUGCUCUUCACGCUCAUUCAAGUCGGUCAGUUUAAACCCAAAAACAAAACAACGUGUUUCUCGUCCGAGCUCCAUCAUCAAAUCCCAACUCUGUACUAUCUCAUCAUGAAUUCUAAUUAGUUUCACACGCCCACUGCCAAAAUGAGCCAUUGGCCUACUUUGGGUUCCUGCUCGUCUCUGAUCUCGUUUCCAUCCUGUGUACGGCAACACUUAAGCCUGAAUGCAGGGGGACAGCUGUUGAGUCAAGGCUCCCUAUCGCCUGAGGAUCAACUAGCUUUUGUAUCCCAGGGAUGCCAUUUGGAGGUCAUCCAUGCCCAGACGAAUGAACGCUUAGCCGCCUGGACCUUUGGCCCGCCGGUCGUCACGGCUGGGAUCACCUCUCCCGGGUCCAAUCCACGAAUUUUGGAUCAUGAAAUUACCUGCGUGAGUGAGCUCAUGACCAAAGCCUGGCCCAAUCCAACUGGCGUGGACCCCGAAGACGCGGUGAAUCGAAGAUGUGCCGUUGUGGGUUUGGCCAAUGGAUUGGUGUGUGUCCUGGAUUUGAAGAGCUCCAAGGUGAUUCGAGCCAUCCAAAUGGGACAGAGAGUGACGGCGCUGAGCGUGGUCAGUCCCAUGGGUGGACCUAUGGCAAAUCAUCGGACCAUGGCUGAAGAGCUUAUGUUCUUUUACGGAAUCGUGGCUGUGGGUACCUUGGAAGGUCAUUUGUACCUCGUGGAUUUGGGCCUUGAUCUGUCCUCUCAAGAUGUCCUCCUCGACACGGAUCAUCUCGAAGCCGAUGUGACCAGUUCCGAAAAGUAUCCCGCCCAAUUACACUUCAUCGCUCCCAAGAACGAAUCCUCGCGAGCCAACAUUGCCGACAUCCGUCAAAAGGUCAUGCGAAGGGGUCAACAUUUGGCCCUCUCCUUGAAUGAAUCGUCCUACGUCAAUCGCGCUUUCCAGCAUGUGAGCAGCGCCACGGGCGAUUCUACCUACUUCCCCGAAGAGAGCGUGACCGUGUGCUCCUUGAAGUACAUCCCUCAAUUGGCCACCUUGGCGGCGGGCUUCAAUUAUGGCUCAUGGCAAAUGUGGAACAUUGGACGGCUUUUCUUGGAGUUCAGCUCGAAUUAUGGCGGUCCCGAAAGUCUGCCCGUGGUGGAGUUCACCUUUCAGGAGCCGGAAAACGAUCCUCGACAUUUCUGUUACAUUUGGACGAUGCAGUCAGAAAACGAUUACGAUCUGUUGUCCGAGAAAUUGGCUGUGAACUCGGUGUCUUCGAUCGCUCUUCACGCUUUGUCCUAUGAGAACAGGGACGAUGGGGAACAAUAUGGGGUGCUUUACACGGGAUUGACUUCGUGCACGCCGCGAUUUGAAUAUAGACUGAGUGGCAAUUCCGUCACUGAUGAUGAGUUGGUCGGGACUCUGGGCAUCUCUUGCUCCACUUUGGGCUUUGACACCACAGCCUCGGCUUUGAGAAGUUCCCAAGAUAACGAAGAUUUCAGUGAUGCCGAUGGGGUCAGCUCCAACUUGGGUUUGGCCGUGUUCCUGUGGCAAGUUCAUCUCAAAGACGAACCUCAGCCCGAAUUUUACUUUGGUUUGUUCGACCUGAACGCCUGGUAUCAGGCUCAAAUGCCCUCUGGCGUGGAUCCAGCUUGCACCAAUCAUUGCUCGUUCCUGAGUAUUUGUCCUUUGGAGGACCUGGUCUUGUCCGCCAAAGAUUCCUUGGACUUUGGCAUGAACCCUGUGCAACUCCUCAACAUUGGCAUUGACGUGAACUCCUUGUCCAGAUAUCAAUCUUUGAGCAAUGCAGAACAGCAUUUCUUUCCCUCCGCAUUGACCUUUGAAAUCGUGGCUUUGAUGCGAGAAGGUUUCAUGUACGUCACCAAUCUGGGCCUUCAACGCAAGGUCUUGUUGGAGCUGCAAACACGAGGAAGAGUGGAUCUAGCUGACCCCCAGCAUCUUCAUCAUUUGUGUGUUUUGUCGGGGUUGGUGAGUCAAGACUUCCCUGGAACUUUGAGUACUCAAGAGCAGCGCUCUCAGCUUUUGACGGUGGCCCUGGAGAACCAUUUGGUUAGUCUCUUGACUGGUUGCGUUUGGCAUUGGAAAGAUGGCAAGUAUGUCAAUGCGGGAUGUUCCCUGAAAAUGAUUCUUGAUUGGUCAUGGGAGAGAGUAACUCAAAUCAAGCAUUCCAUUGAUAAGGUGACUUUGCCAUUGUUUGACUUGUCUUGCUUGGAGUUGAAUGAAGCCACUCGGAAGUCAUUGCUACAAAGCUCUCAGCAACUUCGGCAUCUCUGUUCCGUUAACGAGGCCCUGAUCAAGCAUGCUGGAAUUGUCACGGAGCAUGGGAUGCAAGAUCUGGAAACCAAGUACGAGGUGACCAAUCUGGUCAACCAAUAUUUAGAGGUCAUUCUCUGGUUCUUCAAUGCCAAAUUAUUACCCGAACUGCCCGAAGAAGAUUCAAAUGAGGAUCCUGAGUCGUCGAAUAAUCCUUACCCCGUGGCCUUGCUCAUGUCUAUCUACAAAGCCAAACGAGAACGGAUGAAGAAGCAACUGAGCAAAUAUUCGUUUAAUGACACUCCCUGUCUGAUCAUUGACGGACUCUGCGAUGAAUUUGGAGAGAACCUUCACGUGAAUUUUGAGCGUGCCGGUGGCGAUGGGCUAUACCCUCCGCCCACUUUACACGCCCUCCUCACCAUGUACUUGAUCAAUCUGGGUACGGAUGUGAACAAGCAUCGGAUCGUGCAGUAUCUGUUCCUGGACAUUGCCUCCUAUCUGCACGGCGAUAAAUGGGCUUAUCUGAUCGACAAUCUGAUCAAGUUCCCAUCCGCAUUCAGUGUGCCGCCCUCCAUCAUUAAAUUGACCCAAGCCUUCUGGCUCCUGGAUCACGAGGAUUUCGAAGAGGCCAUGACCAUGCUGUCCGACCCAUUGAUCUCCAAUCAGGACAUUGCCGAUUGGCAACAUCGCGUCAUUCUGGUGCUCUUUCUGGUCCAAAACCAGCCCAAAUUGGCCUUGAAAUACUCGCGCAUCCGGAAACCGCCGCAAAAAGACCUCUCCGAUAUUCAGUUGCAUAUCGCCAUUCUUUUGGCCAAUGGCAUGGUCCAUGAAGCGUUCCAAUACCAGAGGAACCGUCGGAAUACGAGGAACGCCUCAGAAAUGCUCCAGCAUUUCUUGGAGAAGGCUGAGGAACUGGGUAAAUUGGACUCGGUCCUCCAAUUGUCCUUGGUCACCGUGGAGGAAAAGGAACUGAUACUGUUCCUUGAGCGAUCCUCUCGACCCAGUUCCCAAGAGAUCCUUCUGAUGUACUAUCUCCAACGUUCUCGCUACAGCGAGGCCAUGCAACUCAAUGAGAAAUUGGAUACCAUGCCUGGAAGCCGAGAGACCAGUCAGACGCGGAGAGCCAUUAUGGAGCGCUUCUCCAGGAACAAUCUCAUUCCCAAUACCCUCAUGCACCGAUUCUCGAAGGCCACCAGUCUCAGUGAUCGCCUCAAGUUGAAUGCUCCCAAUCGAGCCUUUCCAGUUCCGUUGAGUUUGGAAAUCAAGACGCGGGAAUUCAACCCGAUCUUCCAUGCCUCCGCCAUUCAAGAACAGAUGGAGAAGAAGAAGCAGGAAUUGGAAGAGCAAACCAGGGCGCAUAUGGCGGCCUUCACGCCAUUCAGGCCACGAGAACAACGAUCCCUGGCCAAACGGAAGUACAGCGAAAUCCCUGCUGUGGUGUUCCCCAAGGAUGUCUCCUUGAACGAAAGCAGUCUAAGCUCUUUGAACGGGAGUGUUCAAGGAGAUCUAGACGUUACUCCACCUCCGUUCAAGCGACAUCGUUUGAGCGAAAUGCCGCCAUUAUCGGCUGCCGGUAAGAAACGCAUGGCCAGCUUCAGGGAUCAGCCCUCCAUCAGUGCCCAUAUUCUAUCGGUCUUGGAGACGCCCGUAAUCAAUCGAACCAAGGGUAAACGAUCCAUGGCCGAAAUUGUCCUCGGAAAAGAUCCUCCCGCCAUUGCCACCCCUCAAUCUAUUUUGAAAGUCAAGCGACUCAUGUCGGCCCAAAGUCCGUCGCCAGCCUCGGAAAGUGGGGCAGGUGGAGUGGGUGGGGCACGGUGGAAUUUUAGCCCGGAGGAAGAUCCCGAGGCCGAAAGUUGGCUCAUGAGAGCCAGACAAAAUGAAGCCAGUCAAAGUCGAGACUCUACACCGGCCAAAUCUCUGCGCUUCAACGUCCCCAAGAAGCUUGAUAUUGAAGGAGGAGUAGAGGACGAUGACGUGGAGGAAGGUCAGAUUGUGGGUGAGACGAAGGACGAUGACGCCGAUGACGUCUCCGUUGAGGAGAAGAAGCACGUCCAAUUCCACAUCCAAUUCUCGUUAGAGGAGUUUCCCGAGGAAUCGGCCAAACUUUUGGCUUUGGUCAAGAAUCUGCCUGAACCGGAGGAUUGCCGUAUGGAGGAUGCUCCCGAAGCUGCCGAACAAAUCGAGGCCGAGACCGCCAAAUUUGAAGAGAUCGAUCCCCAAGUGGCGCCUCAACCUCAGAUCGUAGUCGAUGAUGCGCCUGUCCGUGAAGAAGACAUGGACGAACCCAUCGAAAUCCUCGAACCUGAUCCCCUGGAAGAGGCUUUAGAGACGGUAGAAAAUGUCGUCGAAAUCGAAGUCGCUAUCGAAGAGGUGCCCAAUGAAGUUGAAGCCGAACCUGUGGAGAAUUUGACGGUGAUUGUUGAAGGAUCCGGGGAGUCAGUGGAAAAACCACUCACACCUCCAGAACCACCCUCCAUGGGAGAAGUAAGCGUUACCGAAGUACAGGAUGAAGAUGGUGAUGAUGAGCCCGACUCGAAAAUCGAAUUGUCCAUGAUGGCAGAUUUGGCCGUGCCCAAUGACGAUGGAACAAUGGCAGUGGAUCAAAUUGAGGUGAAGGUUCAAGUUGAAACCCACGUUGAGGUCUCGACUCCUUCAAGGGAAGUCAAUCUCGAAGAAAUUCAAGACAUCAUUGCCGACCGGGAGCGAUCUGGCACGCCUCAAUCCUCCUCGGGCUCUCCAAACAAGACUAAGGUGUCUUGGUCCAGUAGAAUUCCGAGGCCUGUUGCCGAAGGACAACCCAUCCGAUCGACCACGUCUUUGUCUCGAACAUUGGCCGAAGAGAUCUUAGGUGAAGCUUUGCAUGAUGAUGAUGAAGAAGAAGAAACCGAUAAAUCAAGUGAGAAUGUGGAGGAACGAAAUAUCUCGGAUGAUGUAGAAACCGAGGCUACUGAAAGUCAUUCUGAGGUUGCUGUGGAAGUGGUUCAGUCUCAGACCCUCGAAAACGUAGAACAAGAGCCACAACUAAGUCAGACGUCUACGGAAGACGCUGAAAAGUUGAACACAUCUAGCAAAUCAUCGGAAGAUGCCAACGUCGAUGACGGAAACACGGUCGAAAAGAGCUCUGAUCCCACGUUAAACAAAGCCGAUUCUGAUGAAGCGAAGGAGGUCGAAAAGAGCUCUAGUCCUGCUUCUAGCAAAACAAGUUCCGAUGAAGUGAAAGAAGUCCCGUCUAUCACGGUCUCUACGGAAGAAAUUGAAUUUCAAGAAAGCUCCAGACCAAGCGAUGAGUCUAUUCCGGAUGCCGAGGAGUCCGAGGCAAAAAGAGACUUGCCCUCAUCCAGGAAGUCCUCUCGAUCCUCAGUGGUCCAGCCCCAUGAAGAUGUGGUCAAGACACCCAAGGCCAAGGUUUCUCAGUCCAGUCUCGUCUUGGAGCCUGAAACGAGUAGCAAGAGAAGCUCGAGAUCGAGUCGAUUGUCCGUAGAUCAGGAGUCUACCUUGGACGAUAGCCCUAGCAAGCCAUUGAGAAGAAGCUCCAGAUCCUCCAGAGGAGCUCCAUCCCCGUCUAAGUGCGAUUGUCAUCCCAAUGAUAGUCCGGAGAAGAAGGGUCCAACCGACACUGAUGAGCCUGUGGUCAGAAAGCGCGGACGACCGCGCAAAAAUGAUACUCCUAUUAAGAAGGCAAGCUUGUCGAGGAGUUCCAGAUCGAGUAUCACGCCUCUAGCCGAAGUUCAUGAAGAAGAGGAUAAAAUGGCAACUCCAGCAAAAAGGGCUUCUCGGAGCUCACGUAGAAGUGUUACUCCUUUACAUGAACAUUUUGAGGAUCCAGGGACCCAAAGUCCCGUGAAAAGGGCUUCACGAAGCUCUCGAAGAAGUGUCACUCCUCUCCUUAAAGCUGAAGAAGAAGAAGACGUAGAAAAAGAAAAGGAGACCGAAAGUCCAACCAAAAGGACUUCUCGAAGCUCCCAAAACAGCGUUGUACGUCAAGCUGAGGUUGAAAAAGAAGAUGAAGAAAAAGACAAAGAGACCGGAAGUCCAUUCAAAAGUACUUCUAGAAGCUCCCGAAGAAGUGUCACUCCUCUACUUGAAGCUGAAGAAGAAGGAGAUGAAGAAAAAGACAAGCAGACCGAAAGUCCAACCGAAAGGACUUCUCGAAGCUCCCAAAGCAGUGUCACACCUCAAGUUAAAGUUGAAAAAGAAAAGGCCCCCAAAAUCGGAACUCCCUCCAAAAGGACCUCUCGAAGUUCUCGAAGAAGCGUCACGCCCCUACCUGAAGCUCAAGACGAGAAGCAAGAAGAGGCAGAGGUCAACACUGCCAAGAAGCAAGGUCGGCCAAAGAAGGACGACACCCCUGUGAAGCCCAGAUCUCGGCGGAGUUCUCGAAGUGAAACCGUCACCCCAUUGCCAGAUUUGGAAGAAGAUCUAGAAGCCGAAAUCGAGGAACAACGUGAAGAUCCCCCUCCUAUUAGAACGCGACGAUCCUCUGGGGGCUCUACCCGAGGAAGGGUUUCCAGGUCCAAUGUCUCAGUUAUGGAAGCCUUGCCCGAAGUUGCCGAGGAGAUGACUGAGGUCCAGGAUGAGGUGCACAAAACCCCGGCCAGGCGAUCCACGCGAUCUCAAUCCAAUCAAUCGAGUCAACUGGAUCGCAUGUUUGAGAAGGAAGACUCGCCUCCACUCACGCGAUCUCGAGCCAAAUCCUUGGAACCCAGUCCAGUGAAAUCCAGACGUUUCACUUUAAGCAAAACCUUCUGACGCCGGCAAGGCGGAGACGCCCCAAAAAGUGGAAAGGGUCACCAGGUCGUCGAGGUCAAGCCGCAUGACCUGGGUGACUCAGAUGAGGAAGAGGAGCCCAUCGCACCAAAACGCAAGACCGAGUUUCCCGAUCCAGUGUUGAAUCAGAAUCUGUUCGAAGAUCAUCCAGAUCCAGUCGAAAACAAGAAGAGACCGAAACCAAUGUGGCUGGCACUCGACGAAGCUCGAGAUCGAGCCGAAAAUCAGUGGAUGUGGAUGAUCAAGAGCAGGACCCCCGGGUACCCGGAGCUCUAAGCGGUUGUCUCGAUCCUCAAAAGUAGCUCAAGACGAGACUGACCUCGAGCUCAACGAGUCUCCCAUCAUUGACAAGACUCCAUACCGACCUAAAAGGCUGAGUCGCUCUAGCGCCAAAAAGGGGGAAGACCCAGUUGUUGAGGAGGCAGUCCCUUCGCCUAUUUUUGAGGAACCAGAGGUUGAAGCUGACAUAGAAGCUCAGGCAGAAGAUGACGAUGGCUGGCAACCUUUCACUCCUGGACCUGCCUCGAAAGAGGAGGGGGGUGCCCAACAAAAAGACGGAAAACCGGUCGGAAGACGAAAUAUGUGGCGCCUUCGAAAGAACUCAAACGAUUCCGCGCCAAGAAAUAACCAGCGCCACCUUUAGGCGAGACAUUUAAUGAUAAUAUCAUCUUGUGAUACAACAUGAAAAAUAAAUUGACAUUAGUUGUCGUGAAUAAUGA